CUUGCUAACCAGGACUAUGAUUUGGAAAGUGUUUUAUUAGGUUCCAAUCUUAGCCUCUCCUACUUGGAAAAUUUUGUCAACUAAUGGUUAGUUACCAUUCUCCUACCUAGUUACAUCAGUUGACAUGACCAUGCAGGCAUUGGUUAAUCUGCAGAGUUUUUACCGAUUCUUAACUGCAAAAUGCUGAAAAGAAGAUCUCAGUCAACGGAUAUAACACCUCUUGUAAACAGUGCAGUUGAGAAACUACAGGAGCUAGGACAACAUGUUAAGGCUAGCAGACAUGGCGUUGAACCAGCAGAUUCUUCCGGAGUGGACGUCGUUAUUAAAGCGCUCAAAGAUCUGGAAGCAGAAAGAUUGAAAAUCCACGAGUUACUAGAGACUGAAACCAUCACAGCCAGUGUGUUACGUUACAAAUUGCAAUACUUCCCAAGUGAUAUUAAGUCUGAAAUACAAGCUGCUGUGUAUUCUGCAAGACAAUCAAAUGAAGCAGAAAUCAAGAGACUCAAGACCCAACUCAAUACCAUCAUCAAGAACAUCAAGUCAUUACAGGACAGACAUCAAGAUCUUGCAAAAGAAAAUGCCAAACUGGAGCCAGAGAGGAAUGACAUGCAAGCUGGGCAUGAUGAGAUCAUUGCACUUCUUAAUCAGAAGAUGGCUGACAAAGCCAGCAAACAAAUUACUCUUAAUGAGACUCGUGAUAAACUGCGAGAGACAUAUAAAAAGAUAAUUGAACUGGAAGACUCCAUUGUUCAACUAAAAGAGGACUUAGUUCAUGAACGAGAGGAAGCAAGGCAGGAGAAAGAGAAACUGAAACAGUCUGUGGCUGACACUCAGAAGAAGGCAGAGGAGCAACGGCUGACAAACAUUGAAAAGAGAAAGGAAAUUGACAAAUUGCAAGAAGAAUUGGUGGACAGUGAAUCAAUUUUAGACUCCAAGAGAAAGAUCAUUCGGAAGUUUGAAACGUCUCGCAAUCGACUGGAAGCUCAAGAGGUGCAGUUGAACAGGCAACUUCAAAAGGAAAUCAAAGACAACUCCGUUCUCACGCAGGAAGGGAUGAAAAUUGUUAAGGAGCACAAUGACAUGGCUGAAAGCUUGGAGCAGAAAAAGAGAUCACUAAUAGCGCAACUGGAAAUGCUUCAGGGCAAUCUAAAAGAAGCAGAGGAACAAGAUAAACAGCUGACAUUUGAAAAAAAGUCUCUAGAAAAAGAACAUGAAGUUGCCCUUGAACUGAUGGAGCAAGAUGCUGAGGUCGUUCGACAACAUGAAAGAAUCCUUACCAAAGCUAAACAGUCCUUACAUCAUCAGAACGAGCAAUGCGCCAAGGUUAGAUCGGAGAACAUGGAGCUGGAAGAAGAGAUGAACCAGCUGGAAGAAAGCCAUAAAGCAACCGUGGACGUGUACAACAAAGACAUCGAGACGUCUAAAACUGCAUUAACUGCUGAAAGAAAAGACAGGCAAAUCCUACAGACUAAAAGGGACAAUGUGACAAAAGAGUCCAACGAGUUUAAGGGUGAAUAUGGCCGCUAUAUGGCAACCAUGUCCAAGAAAGUCACUGAAGGAAAGGCAGAACAUGCUAAACUAACGGAAUAUGGAACGCAACUACAGAAAGACUUGAAGAAAGACGAAGCGGAUAUUAUUAGUAAACAGAAGCAGUUAAAGAAAGCCAAGCAAGAUUACACCUCUCUGCAAAAGCAGCUCAAGACACAACUGAAAGGCCUUCAAGAAAGUAUCGAUAAACUGGAGAAAGAUAGAGACAAGAAGAAAGAUAUUAUUCAAGACAAAACUCCAAUCUUCAAAGAUCUGGAGGCUCAGUUCAAAGAGCAAACGCAAGAGUUUGAGACGACGAAAAAGAGCAUAGUGGACCUGAAGAACAAGAAGGCGAGUCUGGAAACAUCCGUUCAGAGAGCUCAGAGAGACGUAGAAAAGCUAGCAGAACCACAGACUCGAUUACACGGGAAGUUGCGCGAGAGACGAGUCGAGGCUUUGGAUCAACUCAAGAACCAAUCGGAGGACGUCAAGAAGAUUGAAACAGCGAUCUUCACUUCCGGUCAGCGGCUUGGUGCUGUACUCAAAGAAAAUCACAGAUUUAAGCAGGCCAUCAGGGAACUUGAAGUCGAAAUUGAGACUACAGGGAAGACAAUGAUUGCAAACGCUGGGACAAGAGAGGUGCUUGAAAAGCAGCUGCUGGAGUACAGGGGACAUCUACACGAGAACUGGAAAGAGGAUCUUCUCCUUGAUAAAAUAUAUGCUGAACGAGAUUCCCUGAUGUUAGAAGACAUUGAAAGACUUAAGGCAGAAACUAGUGUGAGAGAAGAAAGGAUUGACGAAAUUCAUCAGCAACUUGAAGAACAGCUAUCCGUUCUAUCUCACUUUAUUGAUGGCGUGGCAAACUUAAGACCUAAAGAUACUGGACAAUCUGAACGAAAGUCUGAAGAAAAAAACAAAGCUAAAUCAGGAGUAUCAACGCACCGCUCUCCGCCUUUGUCGCCCAAACCGCCCGGGUCACCGACACGCCGAGAAUCCACCAGCGAUGUCACCGCGCCUUCUGGAGGAGACUUGUCAAACUAAUGAAAUGAUUCUGCCAUCAGAAGUUUAUCAUGCUAAGCAGCAGUGUAAAAUUCUGCUGCCGUAUAUUUCAGGAAAUGUUUGGAACGAAAACGUUGCUUGUAGGAGAGAUAUUUAUUUUAAUAAUAUACAUGCAAACAUUUCAGCCUGCGGAUUUGCUGAGAAUGCGUCAAUUAACCCCAAACAGUCAGAAAGUUGGAAUUUUGUGAAGAAAGUUGAAAUUAAAUUGCAUGUAUAUUAAUAACAAGUAAUCAAAUGAUUUUUCUCGUGUAAUUAAAAUAAAUUCGUACUGGUAAAUAUUUUAAAGACUAAAAGCUGCUUUCGCCCCAGGGUUCAUGCAGAUGUUUUUGGGCUCUGAAAAUUUAGUUGUGCUUAUUUAUUCCAAAUUGCACUCGAAAUCAUUUGAUUACCACCUAUACAAACUGUUAAUAUUAAUAAAGUAUUUAUUGCGGGUUAAA